AUGAGAUGGAAAAUCUUGAAUUACGAUAUCAUUAGAAAAGUUUUAAUGACAUCGAUGAUGGAUAAUCCCAUCAAUGCUACAACAUUAACGUUAGGAGAAUUAUUGAAAUUGAAUGUAAAUGAAGAGUCAUAUGCAACCAAGGUCUGUCACAAAUCAUACGUAAACUAUCAUCGUCAGAGAACAACGUCAUCCUUAUGUCACAAAUUAAGCAUUGAACAACGUGCCAAAAUCAUCACUUCGGAACCUUAUUAA